GCGGAAACAAAAGCGGGCGGCGGCGCGGCGGGGCCCGGGAUGGCGGCGCGGCGGGCCCGGCUCCAGGCCCGGCUCCUCCUCCUCUUGCUGCCUCAGGUGUACUGUGAGUAUGGAAUGGUACAUGUCCUUUCAGAGAAGGGGAGCAGCAAAGGAAAAGACUACUGUAUCCUCUUCAACUCACAGUGGGCCCAUUUGCCACAUGAUCUGGGUAAAGCUUCACUCUUGCAGCUGCAGGAUCAGACAGCAUCUGUUUUGUGUUCUCCUUCUGAUGUACCUGACGGGGGAUUUAAUAAUCAAAUCCCCAUGGUGAUGCGAGGGAAUUGCACCUUCUAUGAGAAAGUGAGGCUUGCUCAGAUAAAUGGAGCUCGUGGGCUGCUGAUUGUUAGCAGAGAGAGGCUGGUUCCUCCUGGGGGUAACAGGAGUCAGUAUGAAGAGAUUGAUAUUCCUGUUGCUCUGCUGAGCUAUUCUGAUAUGUUAGAUAUUGGCAAGAGUUUCGGCAGGUCAGUGAAAGGGGCGAUGUAUGCACCAAAUGAGCCUGUGCUUGACUAUAACAUGGUGAUUAUAUUUGUCAUGGCCGUGGGGACUGUUGCAAUUGGAGGCUACUGGGCGGGAAGCAGAGAUGUGAAAAAGCGAUACAUGAAGCACAAACGUGAUGAUGGGGCAGAGAAACAUGAUGAUGAAACAGUUGAUGUGACUCCAAUAAUGAUCUGUGUAUUUGUAGUAAUGUGCUGCUCAAUGCUGGUCCUCCUUUAUUUCUUCUAUGACCACUUAGUCUAUGUUAUCAUAGGAAUAUUCUGCCUGGCUGCCUCAAUUGGACUUUACAGUUGCCUGUCUCCUUUUGUAAGAAGAUUUCCCUUGGGAAAGUGUAGAAUCCCAGACAACAACUUGCCUUAUUUUCACAAGCGUCCACAGGUCCGGAUGUUGCUGUUGGCAGUAUUUUGUAUCUCUGUCAGUGUAGUCUGGGGAAUCUUCAGAAAUGAAGAUCAGUGGGCCUGGGUUCUGCAAGAUGCUUUAGGAAUUGCUUUCUGUCUUUACAUGUUGAAAACAAUUCGCCUGCCUACAUUUAAGGGUUGCACCUUGCUCCUCUUGGUUCUUUUUGUCUAUGAUGUAUUCUUUGUAUUUAUCACACCUUUUCUAACAAAGACUGGGGAGAGUAUAAUGGUGGAGGUAGCUGCGGGCCCAUCUGAUUCUGCCACUCAUGAAAAGCUCCCAAUGGUCCUGAAGGUUCCACGACUGAACUCUUCACCACUGGCUCUGUGUGACAGGCCUUUUUCUCUCCUAGGAUUUGGAGACAUUUUAGUUCCAGGUUUACUGGUAGCCUACUGUCAUAGGUUUGAUAUUCAGGUCCAGUCAUCCAGAGUCUAUUUUGUAGCCUGCACGAUAGCAUAUGGCAUAGGCCUUCUUGUGACCUUUGUCGCCUUGGCAUUGAUGCAGAUGGGCCAGCCAGCUCUCCUCUACUUGGUGCCCUGCACUCUAAUCACGAGUUUUGCUGUGGCUCUUUGGAGAAAGGAGCUUGCAAUGUUCUGGACAGGCAGCGGCUUUGCGAAAGACCUACCUCAGCCUCCCUUGGUGAUAGCUCCUGUCAACUGCCCUGAGCUUCCCAAAGAUAGCAAUGUACCAGCCUCUCAACAAGAGACAGAGCAAAUGACCAAUCCCACCCUCCAUGUGAAGGAGCUGCAUGGCCCCACCUUGACUGCAGAGGAGCUGGCUGAUAAUGACACAAAGACGGAACAGUCAGAAAUUUCUAUCACACAGAGUGAGGAACCAGCUGGGCAUAACAAGGACGACCUUGAAAGCAAAUGCCUAAACCUAGAGCAAAAACAGCUGGAAUAAACAAUGUGAUAGGAACUCCGUAUCUUCUGUCACAAACAUCCAUGUAAAGCCAGUAUGUAUUUAGACUGGUUCAGUAGUAUUCACCUUCAUUGAGGAACCUCAUUGGGAGUCUGAUCAUCAAACACAAUGCAGAAUGUUCUGCCUCCAGCUUCGGUACAGCUAUACACUUCAAAUAUAUUUCAGAAAUAUGGUGCUCUACAAGGGUUCUGAUGUAUGGAUUUCAGCGAUCAUUUUAUAAGUGAAUGCCUUUGACUGAUGCAUUUUCAUUAUACCGGGGUAGUAUUAAGAGUCUUUCUUUACACAGUACUCUGUGCUUGUGUGGCUAUUAUUGCUGCUUUAGCAUAGUGUAGGUUAACACGGAGGAAAAGCAUUGAACAAGUCUGCUACAAUGCUUAGUUGAGAGAAACAUAGGUUUUUAGCACUUUGCCUACUGUCACGUUUUACUUGUCAAAGCCAUUGAUGCAAGGGAAUGCUUUAGUAUAAGCUGACAUUCAGGAAAUGCAGAGGAUGGUUAAAUUACCAGCCUCUGAAAGGAUUUAUACUACCGUGGUGCAUUAAAUGCAUCUCUUAAACUUUUUUGUCUUUGUUUUUACUUCCAGGUAUCUGUGUUGGCUACUAGUCUAGUUUAAAAAGGCAGGAUGAACGGAGCUACAGGAAGCUCUCUAAGCACUCCUAUGAACUCCAGGGGCUGUCUCUGAAAAUAAAGUGUUUGUCACAGAAUAAGUGUAUUAAGAAUGUUUGCUUUAGAAAUAAAAUACAAGCCAGAUAAAUAAGAAAAUAGGUAAUUAUAUAAGCGUUAUAUACGAAGCUUAAUAGGCAGUAUUUUCACUAGGAAAAACGUUAAAGUAAAACAGCAAAAAGAAUCAGUAAAAGCUCAAAAAUCCAAACUGCUGAACUUUAAGGAAUAUAGUUGUGAUUAUUAAUUCUGAAGAAAAGGGUGUUUUCAUUCCCAAGGGAACACACAUGGUGCUAUAGUCACUCGUGAUUUAGAGUUUCUUGCUGCUCAGUAACUAAUCAGCUGCUUCAAAGAAUGUUUUGUUUUGUCCCAAGAGUAGCUAAGUGUGGCCUGUCAGGUUCCAAAAUGAGGCUGUGAUCUAGCCUAUUAUUUUGCCCCUCUUGCUAAAUGACAUUGUGAAAGACUAAAUUGAUGAAUUUAAAACUAUUUGAGGUGCAAAACUAUUUGAGGUACAGCUGGUCUUAAUUUAUAUUCCUGAAAAUGUGCAUUUUCUUACAUAACAUGGUUGAACCGUUUACGCAUCAGCUUUGAUACACACAGAUGAUGAGAUUUGCAUAUCAUUUAUUCAAUUUAAGAACACUUGGCUUCAUCAAAGGUGUCUGUGUUCUACACUUAAAUUGCAAUUCCCUAAAAUUUCAAAAUUCAAAUAUUUUACAUUAAAGCUGAAAAAGGCAAUAUGAUUUGAAUAUCACAUAUAGAAUAUGAUUCCAAAUUGCAUGGAAGAAAUGCUUUUCAGAGUAUUUCAAGAGCCUAAAAUGUCAUUUACAAAAGUAUCAUCAUUGUGUCAUGAUCUGAGGCAAUGCUUUUAAAUUAAGAGUCUCCAGUUGGCAUGUUGAGUUGAAUGCUGAAAGGCUCUCCUUUGAAUGUCUGUCUGUUAAACUUCAGCCAUUAUCUCUUUGGCUAGGUCUUCCAAAAGUUUGCCGUGUAUUUUUUGGGUGUUUAACCUCUCUUUAUCUGUUUUGCAUUGGGUGGACAAUAUUCUUUCUCCAGAAUGUGAAAGGCUUUCUGUAAAACCACACCAUGGGUUCAGGAUUUUACCAGCUUCUGCCUAAAGCUUCAAGCCCUGUCUGAUAGAUUGAUUUUUAGUGGUGAGUUUCUUGAAAGGCUUACUGAGUCCUAAGGCCUGCACCACAUUAAUUUAUGAAUGGCCCAAAUGGAUUAGAUAGUAGGAAAUGGAUUAGAUAGUAGGAUUAGAGAGAUCUGGGUUAUUUUUGUUCUUCUGUUUUAUCUCCUCUUUAACGGACUAUGUUACUUUUGCCAGGGGUAAUCUGAACCAAUUAGUGAUUCAAAAGCAACAGAGACAUUUUAUUGAAAAUAUCAGCCAGCUGGAUUAUGCCUUAAUUUAAACCAUUGUACAAGUAUGUAUAUUCAAAAUACAAUCCUGUGUUUAAAUAAUGAACUUGACAAAUAGUGAUAAAACGAAUUUGGAGACUGACUCAAAGUUCUAUGUUUUUUUUUCUUGAUUAUCUUUCAGUCAUAAUAUUUUUGGGAGUAGUUUUUAUACGCUUAUGUCAGUAGUUUUUUGAUGAUGAAGCAUUAAGAUUUAUCACCACCUUGAAAAUGUAUUUUAACAUUUGUUCUCAUGCAGUGUGGGGUAGGUAAGAGUUUAUUUCUCAAGUUGUUUAUAACUCAAUUAAAAUGGAAUAAUUUAUAACACUGAUUAACUUAUAGACAUUCAGUAAUUGCUUUGUUCAUAUUUCAUUCAGAUGGGCCUGCUUGUAACACAUGCUUCACCUUCUUGUUUUUGAUGGUUUUCCAUCUAAGUGUAAUAUUUCUUCAAACUCCAGAGAUCGAUGUGGAAAAAAAUAGUGCAAUAAUUCCAGUUAAAGUAUGUAAAUAAUGAGUUAUAUACUUUGACUAUUCUAGUACUGUACAAAUCAGGUGACCCUGGUGCACUAGUCUGGCUAUGACUGUUUAGACCCUGAUCCCACACAGUUCAAUCACUUCCAUCAAAAAACAAGGCUCUGCUUUUCUGUCUUUCAAUAAACCUCCCACAGCAGCUUAAUGUAAAACAUAGUGUUUUAUAGGAAAAUGUCAAGAUAUAUUCAAUGUAGUUAAUUCUGAUUUUUUUUUUUAUGAUUGCAGAUGUACAUUCUCCACCAACUUGAGUUAAAAGGCUGCUUUUUAAGUAAUGUUAAAGUGCUUCUUGUUUAACACAAAAGCAACCAAAAAUCUUUCUUUGGAUAACCACAGUAGUGAGUGUCAGAUUCUUUCCUGGGUCUGAAAUUACUAAAUAUGAGUCAGUGUGGUGGUCCAAGUGUUUGGUUUUGAUUUGUCCUCCUGAAGGGUUUCACAAAUUCAGCUGAAGGUAGAAUGCAACCUGAAAGACCUUAGUGACUUAGUGAGAGUGACAAAUAAGGGAGAAGUACCCCAAAUGCUGUUAGUUUGUGUGAAUCUUCUUUUUCACUUGUCACAGAUGAAGAGCAUUUAAAACGAAAUACAAUAAUAUAUCUGUUUUUAACAGUAGUAGCAAAAAAAAAAAAAGGCAAAAAAAAAAAGUCCACAUAUGGAAGAACUAUACUUGUUUAUGUUUAAUGAUUUAAUGUUAUUUCUAAACUUGGACAAAUGUCAAAAAAAAAAAAAAUACUACUACCCAUAGCACAACAUUGUUCCUAACAGGUUUAUUAAUAUAGUAUUUAGAAAACAUGUCAUUUAGAAAAUUCCUCUUUUCAUUUUGUUUCCUUUUGUAUUAACCAUAUCAAAUUUCUUUUUUUUUCUUUACCUGAUAAUCUUGAUCUCAGUCAAGCCUUUCCUGCAGAAGCUGCUCCUUUUUGCUUACAGUAGCCAUCAGUCUGUCUUUUCUUAAGAAUACCUUGCAAGUCCUAAUAGUGUUUUUCAGACAUGUCCAUUUCCAUGUUUCAGAUUUGUUUUUUGCAUCUGUGAUGCAUUUCUCACUGAGAACAUACGACCAUAAUGAUAGUGCCUGUAGACUUCUAAGUAUGCUGGAAAAAUAGCACUGAUGCUGGAGCCAGAAAAAAAUAAAAAUAAACAGAACUGAAAUAAUAACAUUUUAAGCUUUGUUGAAGGUGACUGUAUUCAUCAGUCAAUUAGCAUGACAUUGGGGGAGAUAUGUAUUUACUUGCAGAUAUUUUUUCUGGGAGGUCUGAUGGACAACAGAAUGCUUAGAGUUGUUUUUUUUUUUUUCUUUUUUUGAGGGGAAAAAAGUUUUGUUU